AUGGGGUUCUUUACGUACCUAUCCGAGAAUUCGGAGGGCGUGAAUCUCACGACCGCAUUAGCAGGCCGGUACGCCGAAGACAAAUUCUUCAGCCGAAUCUUGGAGAACGUGAAGUCAUUUAAGAACUUCCGCUAUGCCGAUGGUCUCAUUCAUCUGCAUGAGAAUCAUCGAGACCUCCUGUGUCUUCCGGACGUGCUAUACAACGGACGUAGUGUUCGUGAAAUUGUAAUUACACAUGCACACUCUUUGCUGGCUCACCUUGGGUCUUAUAAGACGCUGAACUUGCUACGCGACCACGUCUGGUGGAAGACG